AUGCGAGGCGCCGUCUUAGCCUUCCCUGACCAGGAUCGCUCCCACACCUGUAGCGUUCGUGAUCGGCCUACUCAACUGUGUAUCGAUCGAAAGGCAGGGCGGCACAGCCCCCAAGGGAGUGGUUACGUCCAGUAUGUCCCCCCUUCUUCCCGACAUGCUAUGGUGCCCCCCGGGGGGGUAGGAGCGGGUCGAGUCCGUAUCGCCGCGGAGCAACAGCCCCGUCCGGAUCUGAUCUAUCUACUCGACAAUUCAUCCGGUGACUUCACGGUCGCCAAAGAAGCCCCAAGAAGCAUCAAACAUUUCCGAUGA